CCGCUGCGGGCGGAGCAGGGGCGGAGGGAGCCCGCAGCCCGCCCCCGCCCGGGGAUCCGGCCACCAAGCCCGCGGCCAGGGCGGUGCAGACCGGCCCAGCGACUCUUGGGCUGCGCAGGGACGCGCCAGAGCGCCAAUCCUUGGACCCCCGAGCUCGACUACACGAGGUCUCCACCCCAGGACGGGGACCACCCGUCGUGUGUCUACUCUGAUUGCCAGCCUCACCAGGGCCAGGGGCAGGGCCUCUGGGAGAGAGAAGCAAUAGACUUCCUCAGACUUGGCACUGGGGACAGCACCUUAAUAGAGUCAAGGGUUGGCUUCUGCUUCACCGACGCCUUCAUCAACAGAAAGAGGCUAAGUAGGGUCCCUAAGUCCCAGCCCGCCAUCUUCCCUGGCCCGGGUGGGCAUGGACCAGCAGUUGUGAGCAGCCAAAGCUGAUGCCCGGCCCCCAGGGGGAGCCCCUACCAUGAGCCUGGGCAAGCUGUCUCCUGUAGGAUGGGUGUCCAGUUCCCAUGGAAAGAGGCGGCUGACAGCAGACAUGAUCAGCCCCCCACUUGGAGACUUCCGCCACACCAUGCAUGUGGGCCGUGGUGGGGAUGUCUUUGGUGAUACUUCCUUCCUCAGCAACCAUGGAGGCCGCUCUGGAAACACCCACCGCUCGCCCCGAAGCUUCCUGGCCCGGAAGCUCCAGCAGGUGCGCAGGGUGGGGGUGCCACCUCGAAGGACGGCUUCCCCACCUGCACCCUCACCUGCCCCACCUGCCGUCUCCCCCAUCAUCAAGAAUGCCAUCUCCUUGCCCCAGCUCAACCAGGCCACCUAUGACAGCCUGGUGGUGGGCAAACUCAACUUUGACAGCAGUCCUGCCAGCUCCACAGAUGGCCGCUAUGGUUAUGGCCUGGAUUCUGGGUUCUGCACCAUCUCACGCCUGCCACGUGUGGAAAAGCACAGCAACCGAGACCCUGACUAUGACCGGGACCAGAACCAUGCUCAAGACCGAGGGCAAAAUGCUUUCCCCUGUGAGCCUGAGCUUCGACGUUCUGACUCUCUCUUGUCCUUCCGUUUUGACCUUGACCUAGGCCCCUCACUCCUCAGUGAGCUACUGGGGGCCAUGAAUCUUUCAGAAGCCCAGGCAGCUGAGACCCCAACCCCUGCUGCCAACCCCCCCACCUCAGCAGCAACCCCCCCUGCCCCUACUAUAAAACCCCCAGCCUGUGCCAUGCCCACCCCAACUCCUUCAGCAAGCCCCCCAUCCCAUGGACAUUUCCCUAAUGGGGUAACUGCUGUGUUGGACCCUGUGGCUGAGGUAGAGCCCAGCCCUGUAGGAGAGAAUGCCCAGGUACCUCCUACCAUGGCUUUUGGCAGGCAUGGAGGCAGCUGGGGUAUCAGCAGGGCCAGCCAUCACUACACUGAGAUGGAUGCUCGGCGGGAGCUGGCCGGGGUGCUACCACAAGCCCAGGGCUCCUGGGAGAGCCUGAAUGAGGGGUGGAGUGCACUGCCUGCCAGCGGCAGAGCCCCAGUGCCCAGCACGGUGCAGGUCAAUGCUUUCGAAUUUGUUGAUGCUGAGGAAGAUGAUGAAGUCAAGGUGUGAGGGACUGGACAUGGGUUGCAGGUUUUGCCAUCCUCAGGACUCAGAGAGAGGAGGGGCUGAGCUCAUCCACCAUCACCUAACAAUUACAUCUGCCCAACUGGAGUUAGCCCCAGAUCCUUCCUGGUCUGUGCAAGACAAACAUGAGUGGGGGGGUCCCUAUUGACUUGACCCACCUCCCACCUCCCUCUAAUGCAUCUAGGCCCUUUGUCUCACCCCAUGACCUCACAGUGUAGCUUUUGUGCCCCAGACACAGGGCAAUUGUCUCUGAGUGGGACUGUCUGCCCCUGCUAAUUUAGAGCUGCCCCAGAAGGCCACCACUGUGUUCUCAAUAGCCCUAUUCCAGGCUCCUCCUCAGUUCCCAGAGAAAGGUCCGGUGUGACCUUGCAGUAGAUUCCAUCUUCUGUAUACCCCAGACCUGCUGCCCAUGCCUAAACCUAAAAGCUUUUCUGAUAAAAGCUAACUGCCUAAGGAGCCCAGGGGCAGCCCCGACUGAGAUACCCUUUCCCCUGCUGGUAGUUUGGAGAGUUGAGGACCCCCUUUCAGGCCCCCCCCAGCUAGAAGGAGGGGCAGAGGAGGUAAUGAGUAACCAACCCGGAAUGCUCCAUGAUAAGAGGCCCAGGUGGGACCCUUAUCUGCAGUUCCUGGAACACCCUGGCCCCAGGUGCCUGGAACCAGUAUCUGCCCCACAAUCCCAUGGGGCAGCUUGGCAGGUGCUCAGGGAGGCAGGUUCACAUGUACAGGGUGGCUGAGGAGCACCUCCUGUCCUCUCCUCUCCACAACACUAUGCCCUGUGCCUCAGUUUCUGACUCUGUAUCAGAGGUGGGGAACAUCAAGCCACGUGGGAAGUGAUAACAGUUCUUGAUGUGAAAAUAAUAAAUGCGGAUUCUUUUAUUUA